UUUAAUUUCAAGAAUGGCAAGUAAUCUAAAGUUGAAAAACAUUUUGGUUAAUUAUGAUAGUGAUCAUGAAGAUGAAAUAGUUACUAGAAAUUUAAAAUUAUUAGACCUUCCUUUGGAGAAAUUGAAUGUUGGUCCCAAACAGAAACUCCUUGUGCUUAAUCUCGGUGGACUACUGGUCGAUAGGGUGCAUCAACGUAACGAGUCUGCAGUCCUGAGGUUUACCCCGAACCUUACUCAUGGCAAUUUUCAAAUGUUCAAGAGGCCUUAUUGUGAUCAGUUUAUGAAAUUUUGCCUUGAAAGAUUUGAAGUUGGAUUAUGGUCAUCAUCCAAGGAUCGUAACAUCGAACCAGUUUUAGACAACAUUUUGGUUGGCCUUCGAAGGAAAUUGGUAUUUGUAUGGGAUCAAGAUAAUUGUAUUGACAGUGGAUUUUCAACUGUGGAGAAGAAAAACAAGCCAAUAUUUUUGAAGCAAUUGAAGAAAAUAUGGGAAAAUAAUUCUUAUGGUGGAAGAUUUUCAAAAUCUAACACACUUUUGAUUGAUGAUGAACCACAUGUUGCUCUGCUAAAUCCACCUAAUACAGGUGUUUUUCCUCAUGCUUACAAAGUUAAUGAUGGGAGAGACACAUUUCUUGGUCCUAAGGGUGAAAUGCAGGAGUUUCUUGAGGGACUUAUUGAUGCUAUUGAUGUUCCAAGUUAUGUGAAGGGACAUCCAUUUGGACAACCUGCGAUAACCGAUUCUCAUCGCGAUUGGGAUUACUAUGAUGGUGUUGUUCGCGCAGUCGAAGAUCCUGGAUUCGGCUACACUGAUUAUGAGUCUGAUUACUAGUUCUCAUUAGGACUCUAGUUGUUCUUCUGUCAAGAAGUUUAAUGGUUUAGUAGUAGUUGUUUUUGAUGUUUUGGUGUGGUCUUGUGUUUAUGCAUGUUGGAAGUUUGUGUGUUGUGUUUCUAUUAUCAA